UAAUCUCAUUGCCCCUCUGCAAGGUGGUUCUCUUUGAAGCUGCCAAUAUGAGCGAUGAAUUGCUUCAGCGGUUCUGAUGUGACUGGGUCACAGGGUCAUCAGAGCACUGCUGAUAGAUGCUGUUCUCCCAGCUGCUGUAAAAGUUGACCAGAAUCUGAGCUGGGAUGUCCCGACUGUGCUGAGGCUGGAGGAGGAGAGGGGUGGAGAUUCUGGGAAUCUAGAGGAGGAGAGUGAGACACAAUGGGUGAUGGAGGGGCCUUGCACACGGAGGGCAAUGCCCUUCUAAAGGCAGUGUUCCAGGGCAAACUACGCCUUGCACGCCUUCUUCUGGAGGGUGGAGCCUAUAUCAAUGAAGGGAACAAGAGAGGGGAGACGCCUAUUAUUGCAGCCUGUCUGGCAGGAUAUGACGAUUCGCAGACCCGGCAGAGAAUGGUGCGGUACCUUCUGGAAAAAGGGGCAGACCCAAACAUCCCUGACAAAUCGGGUCGUACCGCCUUGAUGCAUGCGUGUGCAGAACAGGCAGGUAAAGAGGUGGUGGCACUUCUGUUGGAAAACGGAGCUGAUCCCAGUUUGAAAGACUACGGCGGGGCCUCUGCACUCGUACACGCCAUCAAUAGGGGCGACAGAGACACCCUCCGGGUCUUGCUGGAUGCGUGCAAAGCUAAAGGCAAAGAGGUGAUCAUUAUAACCACUGACACUUCUCCUUCUGGCACUAAAAAGACCAAACAAUAUCUGAACUCCCCACCAUCUCCGGGUGUGGUGGACAAAAUAUCACCUGUUUGCAUGUCUCCAUCCGAAGUGGAGAUCCAUACCUCUGGCUCAGCUCCUGGUGAGGAGGAGACUAUUUUCAGCUUCGCUGUGAGUUCAGCACUCCCACUACCCUCCAGCAGACCACAGGGUGAGAGGAGACCGCCACCCCGCAAACUUUUAAAAAGACUUAACUCUGAGCCCUGGGGUCUGGUUGCUCCCUCUGUACUUGCUGAAAGAGCAGAGCGGAUGGAGGGGGAUUUAGCAGAGGAGGAUAAGUUGGUCUCUGAGAUGAAUGGGCUGUCAGUCUCAGGUCCAGGCAGACCGCUUCUGUCCCGAAGGCACAGUAUAGAAACCCAUGACCCAUCCUCUCCAAAGCUGAUGGACCGGUCCUGUUCUGAGGACUGUGCAGCACUGUGUGGCCCAUCUUGGGCAGAUAAAGUCCAUCAGCACCAGUCGCUGUAUCGUAGAAACACAGCCCCUGAGACCCAAGAGAAUGCAGCACAGGCACUGGCCUGCAUUCGUGCACUGCCACAUCCCAAACUCACCCGCAUGGAACACUAUGAGUCAGAAACCCACCUAUGCCCUGGCUCCAUCCCUGGAUCUCCAGAUUCAGGACGCGUCUCUGUGGAGCGGCGCAAGUACAAUGCCUCUCCUCUGUCCCUGCUCACUAGCUCUUCCCGGGAAUCUCUGGAGAGCAUUCCCAACUCUGUGUCUCCCAUCACAAUGCGGAGGCGUCCCCCAGGGCUGUUGGAACGGCGAGGAUCAGGCACUCUACUCCUGGAUCACAUCUCCCACACACGACCUGGGUUCCUCCCUCCUCUCAACGUCAACCCCCAGCGACCCAUUCCUGAUAUACGGGCCAAUGGAAAACCCACUUCUCCCGUUCACUCUGGGAGCAAGAUCCUACUGCCAGUCGCCCCUUCAUCCCCAAAACGUGGGCCAGAUUUCAAAAUGAAGAAGAAACUGAUGAGGAGACACUCGAUGCAGAUGGAGCAGAUGAAGCAGCUUUCGACUUUCCGGGAAAUCCUAACAGAAAAGGUGAUGGAGAUAAAUGGAGACUGAGAGAAAGAGAAAAGAAGAGAGUUAGUGCUGGCCAUGAGGCCGUUCCAUCUCCAUCUUCUUUGAGACACACCUGCUCUGGUUCGAUUUGGCUCCUUCAGAACAUACUGCAUACAUCAAAAAUAUGCAUUUUGGAAUUGGAAUAAUUUCCAAAUUCAGAUCAUGGAAGAAAAUUGGUCACUUUUUUGAUGCAGACCAUUCUGAUAUUAUUUGAAUUACUCCUUGUCCAUACAAAUUCAGAAGGCGUAAAGAUGAGAUGGACCCAUUUGUGUCAGUGGAAUCUAAUGAUGUUGAUGUUUGAAUCUGCUGCAAUUCUCAGACGAGACCUCACAGAUUCCGUUUUCUACAGGUUUCUCUGUGUAUUAGCACUGUUAGAGCAUUCAGCUUUUUUUACUGUUGUGGGUCUGUGAUGUAAUAUUCUGUGGAAUAAUUGGGAAGUUAAUGCCUCUAGUUUUCCAUUAAUGUAAUCAUGUGUAGUUCAAAACUCAAAGGUUUAUUUCUUCAGGCAUAACACUAGACGAAAAUAACUGAAGUUAGUUAUCGAUUAAAGUAGAUUAAAACUUGAUGUUACAAUUGAAUUCUAAAAUUAAAAUGUAAAAUCUACUUAAUAGUGUUAUAGAAUUUUAAAUUUUAUAUUUUUUUCUUUUUUUGACUUUGUUUUGUACAAAGUUUCUGAAUUUUGGUCAUUGCUUCUAUUUUGUCAAUGGCAAGCUUCCUGAUUUUUCCAUGGGAUGUGCCCUAGAGACUAUCGGAGAUGGCUGACUGCUGCAUAUUCCUGUAAGAAAUGAAGUUUUUGAUGAACAUUUAAUUGCACAAUGAAAGUGCAGAAACUAGAUUAAACUAGUUUAAACUAGAUAAGUAUGAGGAAUGUUUUACAGGAAUUAUCUGAUUUGAUCACAUCAUUAAAAAAAACAAAACAAAAAAAAACAACUUAACUGUUACUACAAAACAAAAUUUUUAAAUUGUUAAAUGUACUUCAUGUUUCAGGGCUUUUGGAUGGGUGCCUAUCUUUCUUAAACUCUUAAAACAAAACAAGCAAAGUGCAAUUCCUGAAACUCAAAAUCAAAAAGACGCUCUUUGAAACCCAUCCAAAACCCAUGCUGAUCCGCCCUGAACCAUGUAAAGGGAGAGGAGAGAGAAACCCCUCACAUAAUGCACACUCCCUCUGGGGACACAAAGCACAGAUAUUGUGUACAUACUGUACAGAGAACAAUUGUGUCUCAAGCAUUUGAACGUGCAAUAUUAUGUGCUGCCACAGCACUGAUUUCAUAGUUAUUGUGAAUGUGAACAAUCACUCUGACACAUAUCUGUGGAACAUGCUGCGGUAAAUAGUUUAGAUGAGCUGGGAGCUCUGUUUACACUCUGAAUGUCUGCACAAAAUACAUGAAAAUGAAUUUCCCUUGAGAGCUGCAGUGCACAAUGUGCCCAUGUCAAACACAUAGUUCAACUCAAGUUUAUGAUGUGAGUGGAUUUAGUGCUUCUGCUAUGAGAUGUUUUACAAUUGAUGUAAAUUGUACUUUGUGUACUUGAAUCAUGAGCACAAAAAGAGGAAUAUUUUUUUUUAGGGGUUUAUUCUUGUUGUUUUUUAAUUUUUAUUUCAAUGAAUUUUAAUGUUUCAUGCCAAAUUGCUGGUGGUGCAAUUUCACUUUGACGAUAGCUUUUGUGUUCUAGGAUGUUUGUAGGAGAUAAAGUUUGAACAGAACUGAGCAUAAGGAGCUCACUGACUAGAGCAAUCUUCCUGAAAUCACCUGUCAAAACGAUUAUGAUAAACCAACGUUCUCCAGUUUAACUGACAGCCUGAUGACCAGAUCUUUGUAAGGAGGACAUUAUUUCUGAUUAUCUCGGGACUUUGUUGUCCUGCAAUUACAGGAAUUGGACACGUUUGCUGUGGAUUCAUUGGUUUUAGUGAUUUUCCUCUCUUCAUUUAACAUACAGUGAGAAAAAUUAGUCAUUGGAGUUUGAUUUGUUUCUUAAUAUGUUUGCAAUUAAGUAUCUAAAAUAUUUAUAUCUAAGUUCACCUGACCUGCUGUACAAAUCCAUUUAAAUUGAGUUGAAAUUGUGUUCAGGUAUACCUGAAAAAAUGUUAAUAGUGUAAUGGAUAUUUUAGGUACUGUACGCAAUUCAAACUGAAGCGUUACAGUUAUAAUAUCAAUGCAUCAUAUAAUGAAUUAUGGAUUAACUAUUUCUCGUUAUUUUGUAUGUUUAGUGUGAUACACAGGUCAAAUGUAGUAAGCCAAAUAAUUUUAAAAAGUAUUAAAGUUUUA